UCAGUACCAGAGUACAGAUUAACACACCAAUGUCACACAAAUGGCAUGGCAUCAUAAAGACAGGAGGGAUCUGUGUCCUGCACACAGCUCAGAGAGCAGCCUACCUGCACAAGUCAAAGAGCAGGGUCUUAUGGAGACAUUGUGACCAUCUCUCUUUAAGUAACUUCUUCAAAGGAGGACAAAAAUCAGACCCAGACGGCGUGAGAGACCACGCUCAGAAGACACUUAGCUAAACACCAUCUCAUAAGGAGGCUUUCAACACCAUGAUGAAGCUUAUCUUCUACAUUCUUUCAACCCUGCUUGGGGCCUUUGCCUAUAAUCCAGACCACAUAGCUGGUGCCACUCCCCCCUACUUGGUCUACCUGAGGUCUGAAUACUUGCCCUGCACUGGAGUCCUGAUCCAUCCUCUUUGGGUUCUCACGGCUGCACACUGCAAUUUGCCGAAGCUUCAGGUUUUUCUUGGGAUCACGAACCCAUCAGACUUCACUGAAGAGAAUGUGGAAGUAACCGAAUAUGAGAAAAUGAUUCAUCAUCCAUACUUCUCAAUCUCCUCUAUUUCGUAUGACCUCAUGUUAAUCAAACUGAAGAGAAUAAUUAAACCCAGUAACUAUGUAAAAAUGGUUGAACUGCCGCAACAUGUCAUCCCUGUGAAUACCGUAUGUUCUGUCUCCACCUGGGCCUACAAUCUAUGUGACACCACCAAGGACCCCGACUCACUGCAGACAGUGAACAUCUCUGUAAUCUCCAAGACUGAGUGUCAAAAUGGCUAUAAAGCCUAUAACAUCAAAGAAAACAUGAUCUGUGUGGGCAUCGUGCCGGGACGAAGGUUACCCUGUAAGGAAGUGUCGGCUGCCCCAGCGGUCUGCAAUGGUGUGCUUUACGGAAUCCUGUCUUAUGCAGACGGCUGUGUUCUGAGAGCUGACGUUGGCAUCUAUGCUAGCAUUUUCCACCACAUGCCCUGGAUUGAAGAUACCAUAAAAAAUAACUGAGCUUCCACAACAGGAGGAAUGAACAAAACUAUGUGACCAAACGUACGCCCACAUCCCACCUCACAAUUAAACAAAUGGGCUCCUUGGGCUGCCAUAA